CAAGAAAUGACUGCCUACCUGCCUACUAGCCUCGAUCCUUCCUUUAGUGAACGCGAAGAUGUCGUUCGACAAGGUAGCUAACUGCUUGCUUAUUGCUUUCAUAGCUCUGGCUAACGGAAUGCCGCAGGAGAUUACGACGACUACAGAAUCACCUGGACCACUUCCGUUUCUUCAAUUUACUAACGGAGGAAUCCGGGUGAAUUUUGGAGGAUACCAUGCUGAAGCUGGACUCGGCGGUCUUCUACGAGGAACGGGAGGUGGACUUCACGCGAGCGCGGGUACUCCGUGGGGUGCGCACGCGGGUGCGGGAUUAAGUGGUCAAUUAAACGGAGAAGACGGCAAUCUCGGCGGCGGUUUAUACGCUCGUGCUGGACUCGGUCGUGGGAGACCGGAAGCGGCAGCCGGUCUUGGUGGAAGAUUGGACGGACGAUCGUUCAAUCCGAUUGCCGGUGGUCUAUAUGCUGGCGCGACAUCGGGCGGUCCAGGAACCGGCGUGUAUCUUGGAGGAGGUCUUGGCGGAGCAGAAAUCGAUGGAGCUGCAGCCGGCAAUGCGGCUGCUGAAGCUAACGUGAAUUCGCGUGCAUCCGGCGCGACGACGAGAGAAGUUAAUGCAACAGCGGAAGCAGCUACGAGCGUAACGAAGUCGAAGGGCCACACGAACAUACAGAUCAUACGUUCAAAAGAGCAGAAGGAGAAAGAGAAGGUGGUGGCACUUGAAGCUGCCGCGCUGCCAGCUGACGAGCCUGCAGAUGGGAAGGUCGAGUCGCAAAACAAAGAGACACGAAGAGCGAUUGUCGCUGCCGUGGAACCUGCUGCAGCGGAAAUUGGGCUGGUCGGAUCGGUCAAUCUGAUUGGAGCGGCGCCAGUCGUAAAAUCCGUCGAAAAGAGCAUUGUGGCGUCCGCACCCGUGAUACCCGUGGCACCUGUAGUACCUGUACAAGAGACAGUUGCAGUUAAUACGAUUGCAGUCGACAAGAAUCCAACCGUAGUCGUUUCGAAGCCGGUAUAUCCACGCUGGUACUUUAGGAAGAGGUUCUGGACCGCUCCUAGGAAAGUAGUCUACGCUGCUCCAGCGGUGACAGUUGAUUCUCAAAGCUCACCUUCAGACAUUGUCGGUGGACUCUAUGCGAACGCGGUGGGAGACAGCGGUACGGUUGCCGUGGGCAAAGUUUAUACAAGCGGUUCCUUGUUCAAUGACAUCUUCAACAUUCCAAUUUCUACGUUGUCCGCUGUUAAUCAAUUACUGAACAACGUCGGCUGAGACUUCCCGUGUUAUUUUUACAUAAGUUUUAUAUUCGAAGAUAUUGUAGUCGCGUGAUAAAAAAAGGUUCACGAGCGAAGAUCGUGAGCCAUGUUUUUUGCAAGGUCCUCCGAAUCUCCGAAUACAUUUAGCGUUCUUAUUUGUUGUUAUACUCAGCCCCUCUUUCGGCGAAUGUUUAUUCCGCCUUGCUUACGAAUGCCAGGCACACACGUGAUAUCUUCCUUGCGGUUCCCUGCACGUGAUUAGAUUGUAAUUCCAAUGAUUUCACAGGCGAUAUUCCUUUGUCUCAACCUGCGAGUCAUUUUAAGAAGGUACAUUAAUAAACUUUCAUACGAGAAAAGCUA